CCAACCCAAUUUCACCACAUUUAUCUAUCUACCAAUAUAUGAAAGCCUUCAUUAAACACUCGAAGACAUUGGGGUCCAUAUAGGAGCAAAGACUAGAGUGUACCAUCAUCUAUCCUUCCAAUUAGCUCUCUUUCCUUGGCUUUCACCAAGAAAGAGCUCCAACCUUUCAAGAGCCCACCUCACUUGGCGUUUGUACUCAACCUUCCUUUUCAAGAAAAUGGACCAGGGAAGCGAGGUGCACAACUUCAUCGAGGUGUGGCUCUCGGUCUUCGCCGCCCUCGGCUACUGCUACGCCAUCGGCAAGAUCGCCGGCAAAGGCGUGCCGCGGCUCGUCGCCAUCCUCCCGGUCGUCGGCCUCUUCCUCGUCCUCCCUCUCGGCCUCCACUCCAUACACCUCGGCGGCAGCACGGCCUUCUUCAUCGCCUGGCUCGCAAACUUCAAGCUCCUGCUCUUCGCCUUCGGCCGGGGCCCCCUGGCCUCCGACCCCUCCAUCUCCCUCCCCCGGUUCAUCGCCCUGGCCUGCCUGCCCAUCAAGAUCCAGCCCGCCCGCCGCACCGACCCGUCGCCGGAAACCGCCUCGAGAAGCCAAGAAAACGCCGACCCAAUUCAGAACGGCCGGGAUAAACAAAACCCAACUCCUCAAAAGCCCCAAAAGGGCCACAAAUCGGCCAUCAAUUACGGCAUCAAGAUCCUUCUUCUGGCGACCAUUCUCCGCAUCUACGACUAUAGCGACCGCCUCCCGCAGAAGGUCGUCUGGUUCCUCUACAUCCUCCACAUUUACAUCUGCCUCGAGAUCAUAUUGGUCGCCGUGGCUGUCGCGGCCCGCGCCACGCUCGGCUUCGAGCUGGAGCCGCAGUUCGACGAGCCGUACCUCUCCACCUCGCUCCAGGACUUCUGGGGGCGGCGGUGGAACAUCAUGGUCACCCGCAUCCUCCGCCCGACCGUGUACGAACCCCUCCUCGCGUGGGCCUCGCGCGCCGUCGGGCGGAGGUACGCGGCGCUGCCGGCGGUGCUGGGGACGUUCGCGGUGUCGGCCCUGAUGCACGAGCUCAUCUUCUACUACCUGGGGCGCGUCCCGCCCAACUGGGAGAUCACGUGGUUCUUCCUCUUCCACGGGGUGUGCCUGAUGGUGGAGAUCGCCGCGAAGAAGGAGCUCAAACUGGGCCUGCGGCUGCCGAGGCCGGCGGCGGCGGCGCUGACGGUGGGGUUCGUGAUGUUGACGGCGUUCUGGUGGUUCCUGCCGCCGCUGCUCCGGUGCAGGGCGGACGAGAGGGCGUUCGAGGAGUACGCGGCGGUGGGCGCGUUGGUGAGGGACGUCGUCGGGAGAGGGCUGAGCUUCACCUUGGGAGGAGCUUUCAACGCAUCGUCACCAGCGAAACUCUAACCGGCGUCGUUUCCAUGACCAGACAGGAGAACAGAGAGCAUCCAAUGGCGUCUACGAAUCGUCGUCAACCUUUCAUCUGUACCACAAAAAUAUACAGAAAUUUAGAACAUUUCUCUUUUUGGGAUGAGAUACGAAGUUGGCCUGUUGCGGUGUUUUCUUUUAUUUAUUAAAAUUUAACAUAAGUUUAAUAAUUUCAAGUUAAA